CGCCGGCCGUCGCGACGAUCGAGGCCGCUCCGCCGCGCCUUGCCCGUCCGCCGCGUAUCAUGUGGAAUACGUGAGAUGCACUGCUGACUCUGGCCGUGCCGUGUCCGUCUCGCUGUGUGCUCGGCAUCGGCUCGUCCCACAUUCACAAUACCGCAUCUCACUCUAUCGACCUAUGUUCUGUGUGUGCUACGAGCUUUUAAUGUUUUCAGACUCGUGAUUUUCAUUUUCCCUCGAAACAUCAUUAAAAGAUCGUUUUCAUUAUAUUGUGUAAUAACAGCUGCAAGUAUGGGUUAAAUUUAGUGUUUAAUGAAUGAAAUGCAAAACAAUAAUAUAUUGAAAUAUUUUCUUCUUACAAACUGGUUGAACAUUAUGUAUAACUUAAAAUAUCUAUCGCCUUUAUACUCUUACAUUCUAAAACAAUAUCUACUGUCUUUUAAAUAUCAAUAACUUGAUGUUCAAACGCUAGACUGACAUAUCAACAAAUUUUAUCUUCGCCAACUCUCAAGACUGAACUAGCUUUUCUUACACUUACGCUUUUUAUACGUGCCAAUUGUAGAAAUAGGACGCCACGUUAUUUGCCGCGAGAACCGACAGUGAAUUGCGAAUGGUGAUUUUAAAGUGUUUAGUGUUGGGUUGUGCUGCUAGUGUGUGUUCGGUCUGCGGGUGCGCAUUGGGUAGGAAGGCGCAGACGGCAGCAAGGUGGUGGGAGGGGGGGUGUUCCGUUGCUGCGUGCCCUGGUGCGGGGCGCGCACGGCGGCGCCUGACGACGCCGACUAUGCCUUGAGGGAAGGCAGCCCGCAAACUUCACAUAAGGAAUACGUUGCUCCCGAGCCUAUAAUAAGCUCUCCACGCCCUCUUGGACAGCAAUCCCCUUUACCUGGUAUAGAAGAAGAGGACGAUUCCGAUUGGCCCCUGGAAGACGCUACAGACGCAACCCUCACUCCUUCCUACAAGAGUACGAGGAGUAGUACUGACACUGCCUAUACGUCAUCGCGAAGUUCAGGAAAGAAGCGAGGUUUCGGUAGUCCAUCGUCAGUUAAGAUAUGCGUAUCAGCGGCUGCUAGAAAGUCAAAUAAGGCCCGCAAGCGUGGCUCUAACGCGGUCAGUGCGUCGCCUUCCGGCCAAUCGGGGGACGAGGCGCCUCCGCCGCAGCCACAAAGCGUAAGGAUGCAGGCCGAACAAGGCAGCAUUGGAGAACUACAAAAAUAUCAUGGUCGUUACCUCAAGAGCAGAAGACAUACCCUCGCCAACGUCCGCUUCGAUGUGGAAAAUGGCGGCGCGGGCGGUGCAGGGGGGGCCCGCUCCCCGCUGGAGGGGGGCUCGCCGUCCGCCGCCCUCGUGCUGCAAUCCUUGCCGCAACGCCGCGAAUCCUUCCUCUACCGAUCCGAUUCCGACUUUGAAAUGUCACCCAAGUCCAUGUCCAGGAAUAGCUCGAUUGCCAGUGAGAGAUUCAAGGAAGUGGAGGCUGCGCAACUGGAUAGAGCUCAUGGAGAAGACUUGAUCGUGACUCCCUUCGCGCAAGUCCUGGCCAGCCUGCGCAGCGUCCGAAACAACUUUUUAUGCCUGACCAAUGUACCAGUUGCCAAAUCCCGAAGAUCUUCCGGUGCAGCCACGGCUCCGACUCCACAGCAGAAAAAUUUUAAUCCAGGAGAUGAAGCAUAUAUGAAGCUCGCUUUGGAGACCGUAGAAGAGCUGGAUUGGUGUUUAGACCAGCUAGAGACUAUCCAGACACAUCGCUCUGUAUCUGAUAUGGCAUCACUUAAGUUCAAACGGAUGCUGAACAAGGAGCUGAGCCACUUCUCAGAAUCAAGCAAAUCUGGCAACCAGAUCUCGGAAUAUAUCUGCUCUACAUUUUUGGAUAAACAACAAGAACUGGAUUUACCAUCGCUACAAGUAGAUGAAAGCACUGAACGUACUAAAAAGAAGGAAAAGCCACGUCAUGCCGGACCUGGAACUACUAUGUCACAAAUUUCGGGCGUCAAAAGAACACUGACACAUACAAAUAGUUUUACCGGCGAGCGCGUACCACGAUAUGGAGUUGAGACGCCACAUGAAGAAGAAUUGGGAAAAUGUUUAGGAGAACUUGAUCGCUGGGGUGUUGAUAUUUUCCGUAUUGGUGAUCUUUCGUGCGGCCGUCCACUAACAGCAGUUGCCUACGCCGCUUUCACAUCUCGAGAGCUUCUUUCUACGUUACAAAUCCCAGCUAGGACGUUCCUUGCCUUUGCAGUUACACUGGAGGAACACUAUUGCCGUGAUAAUCCUUUCCACAACUCACUCCACGCAGCUGAUGUCACACAAUCAACACAUGUACUUCUAAAUACUCCAGCGCUUGACGCAGUAUUUACUCCAAUUGAAGUUUGCGCUGCACUAUUUGCAGCAUGCGUCCAUGACGUCGAUCAUCCUGGUCUCACAAAUCAAUUUUUGGUCAACUCCAGCUCAGAAUUAGCACUCAUGUAUAAUGACGAAUCAGUUCUCGAAAAUCACCAUCUCGCUGUUGCCUUCAAAUUGUUACAAAACGAUGGAUGCGACAUUUUUAUAAACCUUCACAAGAAACAAAGGCAAACGUUGAGAAAAAUGGUAAUUGAUAUGGUACUCUCAACCGACAUGUCUAAACAUAUGAGCCUCCUUGCAGAUCUGAAGACUAUGGUGGAAACCAAAAAAGUAGCAGGAAGUGGAGUGUUGUUGUUGGAUAACUAUACUGACAGAAUACAAGUUUUAGAGAAUCUCGUACAUUGUGCCGAUCUGAGUAAUCCAACUAAACCUUUACCUUUAUAUAAGCGAUGGGUCGCGUUGUUAAUGGAAGAAUUCUUCCAACAAGGUGAUCGUGAAAGAGAACAGGGCAUGGAUAUAAGUCCUAUGUGUGACAGGCACAAUGCUACGAUUGAAAAAUCUCAAGUCGGUUUCAUAGACUACAUUGUGCACCCCUUAUGGGAAACAUGGGCAGAUCUAGUUCACCCAGACGCACAAGAUAUUUUGGACACUCUUGAAGAAAACCGUGACUACUAUCAAAGCAUGAUUCCUCCAUCACCACCGCCGAUUCCAAUACAAUCGCAUUCAAAUGUGGAUGAUGAUCGCCCUGAGCAAAUUCGCUUCCAAGUAACUCUCGAAGAGGGUGAAGGUUCAGAAGAAUGCGAGGGCGAAGGGGAUGGUGGAAUGUGACGGAAGCUGGUGGGCAUUUGUAAGAAACUCUCUGAGAAAAUGCAAGUGUGGUGGAAGCUCUGGCAGUAGGGCGGACGCUGGGCAGAAGCUCACCUCGCACCACCGCUGUUACUUAGACGGCGCGAGGCUCGUUGGAUAAUAAUUACACUUGUUGACGCUUAAACUGUCGGAAUGAAACGAUUCACUCGGAGAUCGUGUCAUUUCGACGAUAAUUAUUUGUAUGUGAUUACUACGCAGUGUUGUUUAGAGUUACCUAACGACUAAGUAUAUCCCUCCAAUGACUGUAUAACAUUCGAUUGUUUAGUGUUUUGUAACGACCGUUUUGUUUUGUCUAACCAAAGAUAUAUGAAGUCUACUUUUUAGUUUACUUUCGAUUUCCCUGUAAGUAGAUGGUCUCCAACUUGUAAAAUUAAAUUCGUGUAAGUAGAUUUAGUCGUCGACAUCAUACGUCGAUUAAAGUAAGGACAUUGAAAACGCUUAUUAAUUGGUAUGAAAGGGUAAUUUAUAUUGUCAUAUCAUCCACAUUUCUCAUAUUUAAUACGGGUUUGCGAUAAUGAUGUUAAUCACAAAAAUUUAUUAACAUAUUAGAUAUCUUAAACGUAGUGUUUUAAGAUAAUAUCGUCUUUUGAUUCGUUGCCAUGUCUUUUUCUGAAUAUUAUAUAUUCGGCCAGUCACUUGUAAAAAGACAAAAUGGAUUUCAUCCUAUUAGAUAGCUUUACUUCAUUGAUUUGAUAACCUAAUGGCACCUCAUUUCUUGUUAUGGAUCGCUGGCGAUCCCAUUAUUUUCUCUUAGAAUAAUUUAUUAUUUUUGUACAUUACUUAUAAACCUAGUUAUUUAUCCAAUAAUUAGUUGGGAAUUUUAGGUAUAUUUUUUGAUGCAACUAACGGCUUGAAGUAUUGAAGUGUUAAAUACUAACAAUGGCGUGGUUUGUGACUAAGUUUUACACUUGACACUCAUAGAGUUGAGAAUUCAGACAGGCCGGGCUUUGCAAUAGUUUUUAAUACUUAGUGAGUAAUUUGUCAAAAACCUAGGCGCACAACACCUUGAGAUUUAUUCUGUAAAAAUAU